AUGGCUUCCCUCAAGCAAUUCAUUCGGAAUGUCCGAUCUGCCAAAACCAUCGCCGACGAGCGAGCAGUUAUCCAGAAAGAAAGCGCCGCCAUUCGAGCAUCGUUUCGAGAAGAGAGCCACGACUCCGGCAUCCGGAGGAACAAUGUAGCAAAGCUGCUAUAUCUAUUUACGCUCGGCGAACGGACUCAUUUCGGCCAAAUCGAAUGUCUGAAAUUACUAGCUUCGCACCGGUUCGCCGACAAGCGCCUGGGGUACCUGGGGACCAUGCUGCUGCUCGACGAAAACCAGGAGGUGUUAACACUCGUGACCAAUUCGCUCAAAAAUGAUCUCAACCACUCCAACCAGUAUAUCGUCGGUCUCGCCCUCUGCGCCCUUGGCAAUAUCGCCUCCAUAGAAAUGUCGCGUGAUCUUUUCCCCGAAGUAGAAACGCUCAUGUCAACGGCCAACCCUUACAUUCGUCGAAAAGCCGCCAUCUGUGCUAUGCGGAUAUGUCGCAAAGUCCCGGAUCUUUACGAACACUUCAUGGAGAAGACCAAAAUACUGUUGAAUGAUCGAAACCAUGGUGUUCUGAUGUGUGGACUGACCCUGGCGAUUGACUUGUGCGAAGCGGAGGAAGAGGAGGAAGGUCCCGAGGGUGUGAUCGAGAUGUUCCGUCCGAUGGCGGGAGGUCUGGUCCGCGCCUUGAAGGGCCUGACAUCCUCUGGAUAUGCACCCGAACACGAUGUGUCCGGUAUUACGGAUCCCUUCCUUCAGGUGAAGAUUCUGCGGUUCUUGCGAGUGCUGGGCCGAGGGGAUGUGGCGACCAGCGAGUUGAUCAACGACAUUUUGGCCCAGGUGGCCACCAACACCGACUCGUCGAAGAACGUUGGGAAUUCCAUUUUGUAUGAGGCCGUACUGACGAUCCUGGAUAUUGAAGCCGAUUCGGGUCUGAGAGUGCUGGGUGUCAACAUCCUUGGAAAGUUCCUGUCCAACAAGGACAACAAUAUCCGAUACGUUGCAUUGAACACGCUAAAUAAGGUCGUCGCCAUUGAACCAAAUGCGGUCCAGAGACAUCGCAACACGAUCCUGGAGUGUUUGCGGGAUCCCGAUAUCAGCAUUCGCCGGCGAGCGCUCGAUCUCAGCUUCAUGUUGAUCAAUGAAAGCAAUGUCCGGGUGCUGGUGCGGGAACUACUGGCCUUCCUGGAGGUGGCCGACAACGAAUUCAAGCCGGUGAUGACCACGCAGAUUGGUAUUGCAGCAGAUCGUUUUGCACCUAACAAGCGUUGGCACAUGGACACGAUCCUGCGGGUUCUCAAGCUGGCUGGGAACUACGUCAAGGAACAGAUUCUGUCGUCGUUUGUCCGCCUCAUUGCAACCACCCCCGAACUGCAGACCUACGCGGUCCAGAAACUUUAUUCAUCCUUGAAGGAGGAUAUCUCGCAGGAGGGUCUCACGCUGGCUGCGACGUGGACGAUCGGUGAAUAUGCCGACAGCCUACUUCAAGGUGGCCAGUACGAGGAAGAGGAAUUGGUCAAGGAAGUCCGGGAAAGCGAUCUCGUCGAUCUUUUUACCAACAUCCUCAACAGCACCUAUGCUUCUCAGAUCGUUAUCGAAUAUAUCACUACUGCGUCCAUGAAGCUUACUGUGCGCAUGUCUGAACCCUCACAGAUUGAACGCCUGCGUCGCUUCCUCUCCGGCCGCACUGCCGAUUUGAGCGUUGAGAUUCAACAGCGUGCAGUCGAAUACUCCAACUUGUUUGGGUAUGACCAGAUCCGCCGCGGUGUGCUCGAGCGCAUGCCGCCUCCCGAGAUCCGCGAGGAACAGCGGGUGCUGGGUGCGCCGACCAAGAAACGCCAGAGCAAGAUUCUCCGGGGCAAAUCGACCAAGGUUGCCAAGCCUGCCGAGCACGACCUGCUCCUUGAUCUGGUGGGUGGUUCCGAUGCGCCCGUCACCAGCCCGACAGCGAACGGAUCCAACACAGCCGAUCUGCUGGCAGACAUCCUUGGCGGAGAUUCGGGCAUGUCGUCGCCGGCCCCGGCGCCUUCGGCCCAGAAACCCACAACCACCAGCGAUAUCAUGGACCUCUUUGGUUCAAAUGGCGCUACACCAUCUCCCCAGCCGGCACAACCGGCCUCUGCCUCCAUGGACCUUCUUGGCGGUAGCAUGGGAGGCCCCGCGCCAUCCACCUCGCCUGCCCCUGCUGCCGCCUCGGCACCUGCACACACUGCGCUCAACAAGGAUGGCCUCGUGCUCACCCUGCAGGUGCAACGCAGCGGCAGUGGAAAUGUCCAGAUCCUGGCUCGCUUCCGAAAUGAGUCCAACUUUGAGCGCUUUUCCAAUGUUGGCUUGCAAGCUGCCGUGCCGAAGAGCCAGCGGCUCCAGCUGAGCGCCAUCAGCAAGGCUGAUCUCGAUGCGGGCGAUGAGGGCACACAAUCUCUGCGCGUGACGGCAGUGAGUGGAGCCCUUCCGCCCAAACUCCGCCUCCGUCUCCGAAUCACAUCCAGCCGGGGCGGUGCAAACCCCGUCACCGACCAAGUGGACUGGACUGAGCCGUAA